AUGCAAGAAAUACAUGACGAACUCGGCCGUCCUAUUCAGCUUACCGACGAGUUUGGCCGCCCUGUUCAACUCACCGACGAGCAUGGUGUUCCCGUCAAACUCACCGGCGUCGCCACUACUCAGGGUCACAAUCAUACCACCAUUGGAUCAGAGCUUCAUGACAAGAUCACACCCGGCGUCGCCACCACUGAUCAGGGUCAUAAUCACACCACCAUUGGAUCAGAGCUUCGUCACAAGACGAUGCAUGACCAGACAACCGACAUCACCAUGGGCUCCGAGACGCAUGGUGGAACCCACUUCGCUCCGACACCGAUCGAUUACCUAAAACGUGGCGCCGGUGCAGUCGCUGGUGCCGGUGCAGCAACUGUGGGUGCGGCAGCCGGAGCUGCCAAGGGUGCUGUUACUGGCGGUGGAGCACCGGUGAGCCAUACCCAGGCUCAUGGUGUUGCAGGUGGCGAUGAGAAACAGCUGGAACAUGAAUCACCCAGCUCUAGCUCCCCUUCGUCGGAAGAUGACGGAGAAGGAGGGAGGAGGAAGAAGAAAGGUUUGAUGCAGAAAAUUAAAGAGAAACUUCCUGGACGCCACAAGAAAGAGGAGAAGCAGGCAACCGCACACAGCGCCAACACCAAAGUAAGCAGCGCCGGCGGAGGUCCGGCGGGUAUAAGGGUGGAGCAUCAUGACGAGAAGAAAGGUCCUAUGGAUAAGAUCAAAGAGAAACUUCCCGGCACUCACUGA